AUGACAAGGCCUGGGAGGGUACUUCUGUGCUUCUCCGACACAGGAGGCGUAAGCAUUACUUUUGGAGAUGCAGUUAGAGCUGCUUUGAAAAUUAAGGCUUCGGCUUUGAUCUUUGCUGAACCAGUGCCCAGGCCUGAAGGCCCUGAUCUCAUUCCAACUAUCCGUAUCGACUUUAUUCAAGGAGAUCAACUUAGGAAAUAUCAACAAACAUUUACUGACGGUAUUCCUAAGGUGAAAAUAGGACCAACAAAAGCUGUCAUUAGGAAGUCAGUAGCACCAAGAGUUGCCUACUUCUCUUCAAGAGGGCCAAGCUCAAUUGAACCCGAUAUUCUCAAGCCAGAUAUAAGUGCUCCUGGACUAAACAUCUUAGCUGCUUGGCCAACAAAAACUCCUCCAAUUCCUGGAAACGGCAUAAUUGAUGAUAACCGUACAGUAGAAUGGAAUUUUCAAUCAGGAACUUCAAUGUCAUGCCCUCACGUCUCAGGCAUUGUUGCUCUUCUCAAAUCUGCACAUCCCAAUUGGUCUCCUGCUGCUCUCAGGUCUGCUCUCAUGACUACAGCAUACACAAGGGACAAUUCCCUUGAUGAAAUUUUAUCCGAUGGAUCACCAACAAAAGUUUCCGAUCCCUUUGACAUUGGCGCCGGCCACGUAGACCCCGUAAGAGCUAUGGAUCCUGGCUUAGUUUACGACAUGAAAACCAGCGAUCACAUCCUAUUCCUCUGCAAUCUCGGCUACACUCAAGAACAAAUACAAGUCCUUCUUCUUCCCUGCCCAAGUCCUGACCUCAUAAGGUGUCCAAAAUCAAGAAAACCAAACUUCAACCUAAAUUACCCUUCCAUCACAGUCUCGAAUCUUCGGUCUACUGUGACAAUCAAGAGGACGGUCCGCAACGUAGGACCAUGCAAAUGCGCCCUGUAUUUCAGCAGCGUCGUUGAGCCUAAUGGCGUGCAAGUGGUGGUGUGGCCUAAGGUUUUGUUUUUCUCGUGGUUUAGGGAAGAAGUAACCUACCAUGUUACUCUCAUACCGCGGAAGAAGUCUCAAGGAAGAUACGACUUUGGGGAAAUUGUUUGGUCAGAUUACUCGAGCCAUAAGGUUACGAGUCCUUUGGUUGUGCGUGUGAACACAUUUGAUACAACGAGUACAACUUCAGCUGCUCAUGAAGAAGAUGAUGAUGAUGAUGAUGAUCAACUUAUAAGUGAAGCUUAA